GAAUUUUUGGCUUGCCUGCCCACCUGGGAAGCUCCAAGGGAGGGCAACUGCACAUAGCAGGCAAGAGUGCACCUCGAGCUGGAGAGCAGAGCGCCCACCUAAGGUGUACGGACAAAACGGGGAGGCGCUUACUUCACCACCAUUCAGCUGCCUUGGAACCAGCUGAAGCAAUGCGCCCCCAGAGACCGUCGACUGGGCAUCUAUCAGCGCCAUGGUAGUCCUCAGAUGCACGUCGGGCGCAUCAGCACAGGGACAGGUAUUCCAGCAAUGCGACUGGCCGCCUCCUGGCACCCCCGAUUCACCACCACUUGCGUCGCCGCCGUCGCCUCUCCCUGCCUCUCUCACCCACCGCCCUUCCGCCUUCAUUCUACACUGUUCGCGGACCCGGAACGCGCCUUUUCACCACCAACCUUCGCAACCGGCCAACGGUGGCCGCCAGGGCCGCCCCGCUCAAACCCAGGACUGGGUCGUCGAGGAUUCGCACGGGAGCUGUCCUCCCAGGACCGCCCCGUCCCCCCAGCCCCCGCUGAUGAUCACGCGGAGGGUUACGGAAGAUGGAAGUGGCUGCUGUUGGAUAGCGCAAGAGCGCUCAAGGAGUCGUCUCCUGUGGGCGCCUUUCUGCAGGGGCGCUUGGUAAAUCGCCCGGGGGCCGGCAAAGAUUUGGCUCUGUGGGCAUGUCUGCUCAACGUCUGCCAGAGAACUCGUAAAGAACCCCAUACGUCGUUCCUGCUUGAACAGCUAUUCAGACGCCGCCAGCUGUACUACCAGGAAGACCUCCCGCUUACUGCCGACUUCUGGAAAACCGUGCUGGAUCUAUCGCUCCGGGACGACAGGCUGCUUGUGCAGCUCUGGGUCUACGCCGAAUGGAUGCGCGUUUCCCAUCAAGUGCAGUGGCCUGGGCUGUAUGGCACCAUCAUGAGGUUCCUCCUGGCUGAGGAGGAGCUGCCUAGAGCAUUUCGCUGGCACGUUCGUCUCGCCACAAAUUUUGGCCACGAUAGGGCCGAGUUUUUGCGGCUUUUGAUGGAUUUUUCCACGCAUAGCAACACCACCAUGCAGGCCCUUCUGAGGUCCAUGUAUGUUGUGAGUCCACAUCGUGACCUCUACGACACGUUGAUACCUCAUAUCUGGAACCAGGGGCACUCGGGUCUUGCCAGGUAUUGGAGAGGCAUCCUGGUCCGGCACAACGACCGACCAAAGUCGGACGAGGCGCACACAUUCAUCAAAUACCUCUCAGCCUACUUCCCGCAGAUAUACCUACACAGGGAGGAGAAAGUCGUCUGCAGCCUCGAGGAAGAAACGGCUGGCGACGGGAUCCACAUUGGAGAUAUUCACACCUUUAUCAACCGUGUUCACGGCAAGACUUUUGGCAUCAAAGAGAAACCAUACAACGAUUCUAUGGGAGCAAAUUGGUUUGCAAGCUCCUGGGUCUCUCUCGACACGGCCAUACACCUAGUACACGCUUUGGGGGUGCGAAGCAUCGGCCCAUUGUCCCUGCAAUCGAUUGCCCUGCGAGAGCCGACUGUGGACUCGCUAGCUCGCCGGCUAGAGCAGCUCCAAACCCUCAGGAUCGACACAGGUAACUCCCGAUACUCGGCGGCUGUCAAGCACUUUACGGCGCAGCGAGACGAGGAAACGCUCCGGGAGCUCCUCGCCUCAGACAUCCAUCCAGAGGUCUACGACGAUCCAGCCACCCAGAAGAACAUUCUCGACGCAUCGUCUCGCUCGGGCGACUGGAAGACGUACCGCCUCAUACUUUCCGUGAGGUCCGCCGAGGGUCUCGACCACAUCGCACUCGGUUUCAACGACCUGAUCUUGACGUACCUGCACGGCGGUAGGCGGCAAAUGGUUCUCGCAGUACUCGCCGAGAUGAGCUCCAAGGGCAUUCCUAUACUCCCCGGAACCAGCCACCUGAUCUCUCAGUACAUCGUUUACAACACCAAGGAUAUUUACGACACGCGGCACGAUCGCGAUGAAUUCUACGUUGCCCUGGGUCGCCGGAUGAUGGAAACCUCUUACCCUCUGGCUUGCGAGGCCUGGGCCCUAUUGUUACGAUCUCUCGGCCGCCGCUACAAGUUCGACAAGCUGGAGAACUUGACAAUGGAGAUUAUCCGUCACUACAGAGAAGCCGACGCCUCGGGUGCACACAUGAUGAACGUCCCGACAGCCGACGUGCCAGAUGGGUUCUUAUACGAGUACUCGAAAUCCCUGCCCUUCCAGCGACUACCGGCCGAUCUGCCGCUGAGCAAUCCGAACCAUCCGAUCCAAGUCCUCUUCGGCACCAAGUUCCAGAUGAGCACUAUCUAUCGCACCAUUCGUUUCGUGCUGCUUUACCCUCAAGGGCUGAACGGCCAGGACGGCGAGAUGGCCUCGUACACCCUCGGACGCGGCGUCAAGUUCCUGGCCGAGCUGAAGAGAAUCGGGGUCAACGUAAACGAUAACACGGUUCGGGCUGCCGUCACAGAGAGCCUCGUCGACCUAUUCGGCUACGAGUGGACCCCCAGAAAACCCCAUCUCGCCAUGGCCAUGAGCCGCAACCGCCUCCCGCUCGCGCUCACCAGGGAAAUCUUCAACCAGGCUUGGGGCGCCGAGCUACUUCCCCAACCGGAAGAGCUGGCACAGUUGAUCGACAGAGCCUCACUGCGUCGCCACACAAGGAUGGAGAAAAAGAAGGAGUUCUUCAUGCAGCGCGAAGCGAGGCUCCGUGGGCUGAGCGAUGCAUCGCUUGUAUGACAUAUGUACCAUAAAGAUUUGCCGGGCUGCCCGGUCGACCUGACGGUUGAUGAUUUUGUAUGACGGUAUAUCUUGAUGCGCAUAGAUGAGGCUUCCUACAUAUAUAAAACUACGAGAAGGUAAUAUUCACAACAUCUAAACCGUGCAAAGGUGUCGGACGACAAAAAAAAAAAAAGGCUGGUGGGUACAUCGAGAGCCAGAUUGCAACACACAAACUCCGUCGAAUUACAAGCCUAAAUGCAACACGAGACUGACCUCA